AUGGCUGUGGAGACUGGCGUUGUCGCGGAAUUUUCACCGCAGACUGUGCCCGUCGGCGAGGGCCCGCCGACGAGAGAGCAGCUUCUGGUCCAUUAUCCGCACAAAUUCACUUGGCAGCAGUUGCGAACCUUCGUUAAUUCUGGAGAUCUGGGUAUGCUGAAGCGUGACAGAACUCUACAACGCCGUUAUGACGACUGGGCGAAGGGGAUCAAGGCCGAAUAUGGGUCGAUGGUGAAUUACCUCCUGACGUACCGUCUUCAGUGGGGGAAACCAGAUACUCGAUCGAGAUUGAAGAGUAGAUUGGAUCUGUCAACCGAUGUCACGACCUCGUUGCAAACUUCGUCAUCACCCGGUGAGACACCCUCGCUACCGACGAUCCCGCCUGGCGCCCCGGCCCACUUCACCGCUGAUAUCUCCCCGGAACUCAUCAGUAUCAUUCAGAAUGACUGGCCGUACUCGGUACCACCAAACAUCGAACACACACUAGUGUGGACCGUUACGGGUGUUAUGCCGCCCAACAUACCCGAGUCCAUCCGACCCCGUCUCUAUCAGGACGGCCUCUGGGGUUUCACCGGGUACAGGAAAAGCUCGCCACCUCCCUCGCCUUCGCUUCUCCCGAAGUGUCUACCAGCCUUGGCAGAAUGGGGAGUUACGGAGGAUAAGUUGAUUCGCAGCCCCAAGGGGACUGAGGAGGAAGAGGCGGCCGUGCGCGAAGCUGGCAAGGAGAUCCAGACCUUCGUAGAGCGCCGCUGGCCCGUUAAGGCAUGGGAGACGGCAUGGUUUGUCAACCCACCUCGGCUGCAGAGCGUACCGGGACUAGCGCACAUACAUGUCUUCGCCCGGUACAAGGACGAGGCCGAACAGACCGAAUGGGAUGCCGAGCGUGCAUGA